AUGAAUAUAUCAGACUACAAGAUUGAAAGUGGUAAAGGGUGUAUAUAUAAUGGGCAAGCGGGAAGUGGUAAAACAACCAAACUAUGCGAAAUGGUACAAGAAGCGAAAAAACCUCUUGUCUUAGCAUUCACAAAUAAGGCCAUUGAAAAUGUUAAAAAGAGGAUUAUCAGAACACGGGUAAAAAACCCAAAGAAAAAAGAUAAAAAUGCAAAGGAUUAUGCAAAUAAUAUAUGUCAUACUUUCGACUCAUACUUUUGUGAAUGGAAUGGGAGGAACAUUGAUAGUCUUAAGGACAAGACCGUUUUUAUUGAAGAAUUCUCAAUGGUCCCCAACAAGUGGAUAACGACAAUCUACAGAGCAUUUUUAAAAUACAAUAACACAGUAUACAUGUUUGGUGACCCAAAUCAAUGCGAGCCAGUAGAAAGUGGAAGUCAGAUAAACUAUGACUAUCUAGAGUCUAAAACAAUACGUGAAAUGUGCCCAAAGGUCGAAACCCUUAAAUACAUAGAGAAGUCGUGUAGAUAUGACAAGCAAACCCAUGAGAUGUUAAAAACAUUCUUAAAACAUGGUAAAAUCUCGACAUAUUUCCAACCUAUUGAUCAGAAACUUUAUAAAAAUAUCUGUUACUUGAACUCGACAAGAAUAAAGGUCAAUACGCAAUGUUGUGACCAAUUCACAAAGGAUAAGAGGUAUGAAACGGUAGAGUUCAAAUAUGAUAAUAAAAAAGAAAAUUAUAAAGUGUGCCAAAACAUGCCAGUACUAGCAACAACGAAUAUAAAAGACAAAAAAAUAUUCAAUACUAUGGAAUUCGUGAUAGAGGAAAUAAAAGGGAAUAAAUUCAAGGUUAACGAUGAAUGGUUUGAUAAAAAAGAGUUUUCCGAAAGCCUCAUACCGAGCUUCUGCAUUACCGUUUACAAAUACCAAGGAGCAGAUAUUGACGAACCGUAUAACAUUCACGACGUCAACAGGAUGGACAAAAAACAACUGUACACAGCAUUAAGCAGAACGACCAAGUUAGAGUACAUAAAUUUGAACAACAAAGCGAUAAACAAUAAAUAUUUCAACCGUAGAAAACCCACAUUAGAAAUAGUUAAUAGUAAAUUUAAUAGUUUGUACAAGAAUGGAAAGAUAUAUAAAGUAACAUUUAAUAACGGAAUGGUCUAUGUAGGUUCAACCUGUGAAGAUAUAGAAACACGCCUAAAAUGGCAUCUAUCAAACAAGAAGAGCCAAGUAUUCAAACACAAAGACAAGAAACCAAAGAUAGAAUUGAUUAUUAAUGCACCAAGUAACGACAAAAAGAGUUUAGAAAAAGUUGAAAACGGAUAUAUUCACGAAUAUGCAGAAAAAUAUGGUAAACAUUUAAUAAACAUAAAAUCAAAUCCAAAUAUUAAAUCCAAAAAGAUAGAAUACAAUGUAAACAUCGAAAAUAAAAAACAACUUGAAGAGAGAAUAGCCAAACUAGAGAACAAAUUAACCAUCAAAGACGAUACGAAAAAUAAACAAUUCUACUUCGACGCAUUUAUCGAUGGCAAAAGGCAUAAAACAAUGGCAAGAUAUGGAAAAACACCAAAAAAUGAAGCAUUAACAAAGAUCAAUAAGAAGAAGCAAGAAAUAAUCAACAAACUAACCAUUUACUUCGAGUAA